GUGGCAUCUGGAGGUGAGUGGUCGUACGUGUUUCUGCACAGGAAGAUAAUCCGAAAAUUGACUGCCCAAGGAGAUAGCAUCGGGCCUCAGGUUAGACCAGAGUAAUAUCACCAGGCAUUCACCAUGGGAAAGGAAAAGAUUCAUAUUAACAUCGUCGUCAUUGGACACGUAGAUUCAGGAAAGUCCACCACUACUGGACAUCUGAUCUACAAAUGUGGUGGUAUCGACAAGCGUACCAUCGAAAAGUUCGAGAAGGAGGCUCAGGAAAUGGGCAAAGGUUCCUUCAAGUAUGCGUGGGUAUUGGACAAGCUCAAGGCUGAGCGUGAACGUGGUAUUACUAUUGACAUUGCCUUGUGGAAGUUUGAAACGGCUAAAUACUAUGUCACUAUUAUCGAUGCGCCUGGACACAGAGACUUUAUUAAAAACAUGAUUACUGGAACCUCACAAGCUGACUGCGCUGUACUCAUUGUCGCCGCAGGUACCGGCGAGUUUGAAGCCGGUAUCUCCAAGAAUGGACAGACUCGUGAGCACGCUCUGCUCGCGUUUACCCUUGGCGUCAAGCAGCUGAUCGUUGGUGUCAAUAAAAUGGACUCCACCGAGCCCCCAUACUCGGAAACUCGAUUCGAGGAAAUUAAGAAGGAAGUGUCGUCAUACAUUAAGAAAAUCGGUUACAACCCUGCUGCUGUAGCGUUUGUACCGAUCUCAGGAUGGCACGGAGAUAACAUGUUGGAAUCCUCUUCCAAGAUGCCUUGGUUCAAGGGAUGGACCGUGGAACGAAAGGAAGGCAAGACGGAGGGCAAGUGCCUCAUCGAAGCCCUCGAUGCUAUCUUGCCCCCUACCAGGCCUACCGACAAGCCUCUGCGUCUUCCUCUCCAGGACGUGUACAAGAUCGGCGGUAUCGGAACGGUACCGGUAGGUCGUGUGGAGACUGGCGUUCUGAAACCCGGUAUGGUGGUUACGUUUGCCCCUGCUGCCCUGACCACCGAAGUGAAGUCGGUCGAGAUGCAUCACGAGGCCUUGGUGGAGGCCGUUCCCGGUGACAACGUAGGUUUCAACGUGAAAAACGUUGCCGUUAAGGAUCUGCGUCGAGGAUACGUAGCUGGUGAUUCGAAAAACAAUCCCCCCAGGGGAGCCGCUGACUUCACUGCACAGGUAAUCGUAUUAAACCACCCUGGCCAAAUUCAGGACGGGUACACGCCCGUGUUGGAUUGUCACACGGCCCACAUUGCUUGCAAGUUCGCCGAGAUCAAGGAAAAGUGCGACCGUCGUACGGGAAAGAGUACCGAAGUCAACCCGAAGUCCAUCAAGACCGGCGACGCCGCCAUCGUGACCCUUGUGCCCACCAAGCCCAUGUGCGUGGAGUCCUUCCAGGAGUUCCCACCCCUGGGACGAUUCGCGGUGCGUGACAUGCGUCAAACGGUGGCUGUCGGUGUAAUCAAAGCGGUCACCUUCAAAGACGCGACGGGCAAGCUCACCAAGGCCGCCGAGAAGGCCCAGAAAAAGAAAUAACUAGUUUCCGCGUACGCGAGCUCCCGGGUGGAUGCCGGCGUAUAGUAGUCGGGGUAGUUUGCUCUCUUUCCUCGCACGGUUACGGCGACCGAGCCAGGACGCACCUCGGGUCGCCACCAACGCCUCCGCUCGGCGGCCGACCCGCUUACCGGUCCUUCCUCGUCUCCAAGUGGCUGCUCUGGCGUCUCUUCCACCGAAAGGAGUUUCGGAGGAAAGGCGACACCGGCCUCCCACUACCCAGCCACGCCCUCCGACGUUUCCGAUCCUCCGUUCGCCUCGGCGCCGAUUGGGUGGCGAAAGAUGGCAAACUACUACGUCUGUUAUAUACACCUGUCUCACAAGUACAUGAACAUCAUAAUUUAGCUCGGCUUAAUUAUAUUUUCUAAUUAUUAUACGGAAAUAAAUCCUAUAUCUGCGAUACUCGAGAAACAUCUCACUAUUAUUUCUUUGUUGUUAUCACUAUUAACUGCCGCCAGGUCGUCCCGAUCACCGCUCUCUCCUCCGGAACGGGGCCGACAUUGUUAUAGCUGCUCCCUGAGUGACCUCUCGGGGGUACGGUCGAUGAUGUAUUUUUUGCUCGAAGAUUUUAAACUUUCAUUCCGACGUAUCGUACAAAGAAAACGCACAAUGAUAGAACCUCGCGAUGUUCCAUUUUUUAUGAAACAACGGUUCUUUUUUAUACCGUUUUUAAACGAUCGAUGGUGUACUAGGUCCGAUGAGAGAUGCGACUAGGAACAUUUUUACUCGAAAGGCUGCAGCUUCAUCGAUGACUGGCUUUAUUCAUUUGGAUUUCUGAACGAACGAAUGUGUGGGAAGAAUAUUAUUUCUAUAAUGGUUUGUUACUAGUAGCCAGUGGUAGGACGGGAUGGUUAUAAACAAUUCAUUGUGUACAUACGUAUAAGUAAUGGUAAUAACGAAUAAAGAAAGCUGUGAGAACGAU